AUGGCGGGUCUUUUGGGAGCGGGAUAUGAAUCGAGCGAUGACGAGACUCCUUCAACGCAACCAACGCCUGCGCUGGCGAAGCCGGUGAAUGCGGCGCCAGACGUCUCUACAGAGGACAAUACUCAGAUGCAGAUAAUGCUGGCAAACCCUUCCAGCACCGCUCUCACCUACAAUGUCACCUACGACAACCUGGCCCGCCCUGCGCAAGGCCCAGCCAACCCUUUCAGGUCUUCGUCCGGGAAUGCGUUGAAGCGCAAGAAUGUUCUCACCGGAAACGCAGAGGAGACAGCCAUGUCUGAGGCGACCUUCAAAACACAGCACAGGACCUUUCAGAGUAUGGGUUACACCAGGGAUCCGAGCCUGAACGGCGCAUUCGUGGGCGAUCAAUCGGCCGUUGAAAAGUACGGCGGGAAAGAUGUGGUGGAGUUACGACCUUCGAAACAGGACAGCGCCGCGAUCCGGGCGAAGAGGCAGAAGAAGGGCGAUAGCAGUAUUGUCGAUGGUGAAGGCGCGUACCUCGGUCCCUGGGCAAAGUACCAGGGUGAUGAUGUGGCUUACGAGGAAGCCGAAGCCGCCGCUGAUCAAGAGCUGGCGUCAGAUGAAGAAUGGGUAGAGGAAGGCAUCGUCCCAACGCCUCUGCCUCCGCCUCCCAAGGAAGCCACCGCAUACUCUGCCGACACGAAUACGGCCGAGACCACUGAAUUUCACGGAGCUUCCGAAUUCGACUAUCAAGGUCGUACGUAUAUGCACGUACCGCAAGACCUGGACAUCGAUCUGCGAAAAGAACCCGGCUCAACCCAAAACUACGUACCGAAAAAGCUCAUCCACGUCUACAAAUAUCACACCAAACCGAUCACAUCAUUACGCUUCAUUCCCCAGUCAUCACAUCUGUUACUUUCAUCUUCUGCCGAUGCCAAAAUUGCUCUUUGGGACGCGCACCACGACCGAACACUGCUGCGCACAUUUUCAGGCCACAACAAGGCUAUCACAGACACCGACUUUCACCCUACUGGCCGCUCAUUCUUGUCGGCCUCGUACGAUCGCCAGAUGAAGCUAUGGGACACGGAGACUGGCAAAGUGAUAUCGCGCUUUACGACCGGCAAAACACCACACACAUUAAGAUUCCAUCCAGAAGGAAAUGAAUUUAUUGCGGGCAUGAGCGAUAAGAAGAUUGUCCAGUUCGACACUCGCUCCGGAGAGCUCACACAAGAAUACGACCAUCAUCUUGGACCGAUCAACACCUUGACUUUCGUCGACGAAGGGCGAAGAUUCAUUUCUACUUCCGACGACAAAAGUUUGCGAGCUUGGGAAUACGGGAUUCCGGUGCCGAUCAAGUUCAUCGCCGAUCCAUCGAUGUAUGCACUGGUCCGAUCCGCACCUCAUCCCUCGGGCAAAUAUGUUGCCUUUCAGAGUGCAGAUAACCAGAUCGUGGUAUACGCGGCCGGCGACAAAUUCCGUCAGAAUCGCAAGAAAGGCUUCCGCGGCCAUAAUACAAGCGGCUAUGCGAUUGACGUGGCAAUCAGCCCUGACGGCGGCAUCAUCUCGAGCGGUGACACUGGAGGAUUCGUGUGCUUUUGGGACUGGAAGACGGGGAAGAUGUGGCAUAAAAUCCAGGCUGGUGGGGAGAGCAAAGGUGCGGUGACCUGCGUCGCCUGGCAUCAGCACGAGAGUAGCAAGGUUGCCACUGGCGGGUUGGACGGCGUCAUUAGGUAUUGGGAUUGA